CUGUCGGCUCCGGUGCUCGUUCGCUCGCUUGCAAGAGAGUGGUGUGCAAGCAGCAGCCACACAACUGUCUCAUCCCAAUCAGUCCAAAGCAAGUCGGUCGUGAUGAUUCUCGUGCUGCUAACAGCGGGCGGCGUUUUCCUCGUCGUCCUCUACAACCUGUUGUUCAAGAAAAACACCCCCAUAGAAGAUGACAAGAAGAACAUCCUGCCCAUGUCUGAGCUGCCUCUUUCGGAGACCUACCCCCCGGUAAGGAGCGAGCCACCUCCGUUGCUCUCGGUUCACGCGCCUGAAAUUAAGGUAAACGUUGAGACCACCGCUGCCCCUGCCGCCCCCGUUGAAGAAGUCGUAGUCGCCGCCCCCGCGGAGGCCGCAGUCGUUUUUGCCACCCCUGCGCAGGCAGUGUUGCCUCCUCAGGAAGAGAACUGGGUAAUUGAGGCCGACGAACUGACGGUGCAGUCGACCGGAACCGAGGUUUUGAAAGUAGCCGACCUGUCCACUCCGUCAAUUGCUAGCUGCUCCGCCACGCUGAGCGAAAUCGACAAUACCCUGAAGAGGCUCGAGUCGCGGAUCACCAGCGUCGUUCAGGACUCUAACGAGUUGACCGCUGACGAAGAGAGCUACCUGCUGCAAAACACGCAAGAUCUACUUCUUGCUCGUGAGGUGGCCGCGAGUGCCGCUCCAGUUAGCAGCGAAAACGAAAGCGCGGCAGCUGGCAAGGGCGAUGAGGAAGCCGCAAAUAUUUUGCGCGACGUGAAACCUACCGCUGAGGAAACAACAGUCGAAAUCUCACAACCGACUUCAGUUAGUCUUGCCGACAUUGAGCAACAGAUUAUUGCGCUUGCUGAAAAAGAAGUACAGUUCGAGACGAAAAUUGAAGCUGAAAUUUCUGACGCCGUAGAAACCGUGGUUACUGCUGAGCCGGAGCAGAAAACGAGUGUUGAAGCCGAGAUUGUUCCUGCCGAGGUUCAAACUGGGAUUUUCCAAGCAACUCCGGUCGCCGUCGCAGAAGAGCCCGUUGUGGAAACACCAGUACCAACACCAUCAGAGGUUUCUCCUGUAGAAGCUGUUGCUCCUGAACCUGAGCCUACUGCUCCCUUAACUCCUGAGAAAGAAUCUGUGGUUGCCGAAAUUAUUGAGUCAGUCAAUGUUUCCACAGUCGAAAUUACAGUGACAGAACCUGUGGCCAAAGCUUCUGAUCCAGUCCUUGAAAGCGUUGCCCCACAAGCAGAUAAGGUUUCUGUCGAAGCUUUCAAGACUGAUGACUCAGCUGAAAUACCAAAAGCUGAGUCUCCUAUUCUUGAAUCGGUCGUGGUACCUGUUACUGGAACUCCUGAGACAGUCGUGGAACCAACUCCAACUUUACCUAUUUCCGAAGUCAUCGCUCAAGAAUCAAUCCCACUUGCCGAGGCAGUGGUACCUGUCGAGGAAAUCCCUAUCGCUGAAUCUGUAGUCGAAACUGCUGCUCCUACACAAGUCCCCGAAAUUUCUUUGUCAGAAUCGGUUAACAUAUCUGUCGAAGAGCCAAAAUCAAUCGAUGCUAAAGAAGAUCCAGGAUCCGUUGAGCCAUUUCCAGCUGUCGAGGAGGUUUCCUCUGUUUCAAACAUUUCUGACUCUGCUGCUCCUGGGGAUAUCGCUGCUAUACCGUUGGAGUCGGCUCUUGAGACGAAAGCCGUUGUCUUAGAAACAAGUUUUGUCCCAGAAACACAUCAGCUCGUUCACGACAUUUCGGCUGAAUUGACCGACGCUGUCGAAACGUUGGUGUUGGCAGAGGAACCUCAAAAGCCUACCACUGAAGCUACAAGCGAAAAUGUGGUAGAGCCUCUGCCAGUCGCAGUUGAAACUGCUAUUGAGCCCGUCAUAGAGGCACCAAUUGAAAGCAGAGUGCACGAGGUCGUGUCGUCUGAACCUGAAAUAAAGUCGGAAGAGAUUUCGGAGCCUAUGCAACCUGACGCUGUUUCUUCUAAAAUUUCCGAAACUAAAUCUGACGAGCUUUUGGUGGAGGCGCCAGCUAAGUCCCCAAGCACUCCGGAUAAUUCUCCUGUUGUAUCAGUCAGCAUAGACAUGCCAAAAUCAACUGUCAACGUUUCAAGUGUGUCAGAAGAGGUAGAUUCCGUAAUUAACGAGGCCGUCGACAUCUUGGAAAAACGUCUGACUGAGCAGGUCGAGGCAGCCCCAGAGGCUUCAAAACACGAGCCUCAGUUAGACGACAUCUCUGACAAUAGUCCAGUGACUCAAACUGAAAUUAAGGAGGAAAAAGCAACCGAAUCGCUGGUGGAGCUCGUCAUCGAACCUCCAAAAGAGAGUGCUGGCAGUGUGCCCGAGAGCAGUGCAGACAAAGCCGAAAUUAAACUGGAAACACUUGCAGCCGCCGAGCCUUUAAUUUUGGACGAGGCUGCCAAAGCCGAGGAAAAAGUCGAGGGAACUCCAAAGCCCGCCGAAGUCGCGACCUCGCUCUUGGUCGAUUUGAGCGAGCCAAAGGCGGCCGUCGAGGUCGACCUGGAGUCGUUUGUGGUGGUGCCUAAGGAGAAACAAGUGACCGCUGACAUUGAUAACGUGUACACCUUGAUUGCCGAGUGCCAGAGCGGUGCAACCAAGGAGCUAGCAGGAAGUGCACCCUCGGACGCACCUAUUAAUAGCCCAACGACGACCGUUUCGAAUCCACCCACAGCCAACGAAGCCGCCAACGCACCUAGCGCUAAUGAAUGAAAUUUUAACUUUUUAUAAUUAAUUUUAAGUCCUCUUUAUAGUUAAAUGAAAGUAUGCAAUUUUAUAUAAACACAGUUAUAUUACAGUCAUUUUUUAUCUGCAAUUCACGUUAGCUUAUGUAAACAAACGCUGAGGUCCUUAAGAAAUUUUAAAAAAAGAAAUUAAAUCUGACGCUUCUCUUCUCCUCCAUUCAAGCUUGAGCUUUUAAUU